CGUGACUAAUCGAUGCCCUGAACUCUCCGGUUCUUCAGCUCUUCUCGUCAGUCUGUGGAGAAUGAUGAGCGCGGUUCCGGGAUUCGGUAAAGCACUGGUCAUCAUCACCGGGGCGUCCCGGGGCUUCGGCCGGGCUCUGGCUCUGUCGGUUGCUGCUCGUGUAUCCCCGGGCUCAGUGCUGGUGCUCGCGGCUCGGUCGGAGGAGCAGCUGCUGGAGCUGAAGAGCGAGCUGACCAGCGGGGAGACCGACCUCACCGUCCGCUGCGUCCCGGGGGAUUUGGGCUGUGAAGCGGGAGUGAAAAAACUCAUUGCUGAGACCAGAGACAUCCAGCCGGACAUCCAGCACCUGCUGCUCUUCCAUAACGCCGCUUCUCUCGGGGAUGUGUCCCGUUACUGUCGUGAUUUCACCAAUAUGGAAGAGAUGAACUCAUACCUGUCGCUGAAUGUAAGUUCUGCCCUCUGUCUGACGGCGGGAGUUCUGCGCGCGUUCCCGAAGCGCUCUGGGCUGACGCACGUCAUUGUGAACAUCAGCUCGCUGUGUGCACUCCGGCCUUUCCCCACCUGGGUUCAGUACUGCAGCGGCAAGGCGGCACGCGACAUGAUGUUCCGCGUCCUCGCAGAGGAGGAGCCGGAGCUCCGAGUGCUGAACUACGCUCCAGGUCCUUUGGACACAGAUAUGCAGCGUGAGGCACGGAGCAGCUGUGCAGACUCUGAGCUGAGAAACACCUUCAGCCAGAUGCAUGCGAAUGGGCAGCUGCUGACCUGCGAUCAGUCCAUACACAAGCUGAUGAGUGUGCUGCUGGAGGACAAAUACAGCUCCGGGGAACACCUGGACUACUACGACCUGUAGAGCGCUGAGACGUAAACACACACACAGAGAAUAGGAGAAUCUCACAGUUCACAUACACACAGAACAGGAGUCUCUCUCACACACACACACACACACACACACACAAAAUAGGAGACUCAAAACGCACACAGAUGGAACAGGAGUCAAAUAAUUGCUUAUAUAUAAAUAAUUGCUAAUGUUUUACUUGUUUUAAGGAAAAACUCAUCUAAUUCUUGACUCAUUAUUUCUGAAAACAAGACAAUAUUGCUUGCUGGUCUAUCAAAUGCUUCUUGAUUUAAUAAUUUGUAGAUAUUUGAACUAGAAACAGGACCAAAACUCUAAAUAAGCCAUUGUUUUGCAUUGUAAGCCUUUCAUUUACACAUUAUCAGUCUGUGUAAGUCGUGAGUUUCUGCAGAUUUUUAUUUCAGUAUGAUGAUGCAUUUCCAACAGAUUCUGAAUAUUAAGUAGGGGGCGGGGUUUUAUUAAUAAGCCCCGCCUCUUAUCUUUCACUUGCAGCAACGGUUGAAUAGGUGUGGCUAAGUAUAUAUUUCAGCCAACCAGAGGCACUGUUUCUCCGGAGCAGAUUUUGAUUAAAUAUGAACUAAAUAAACUGCUUUACAGAGGAAGAACUUAAGAUUAAUAAGUUUAAUCUUAAUACGAUAAAUGUGUCACCGAAAGACUAACUAUGUGUGCUUGCAAAAUAAACACUGUACAUUUCUUUAAUAUUUUCUUACUAACUGAAACACUCAUGCUUGAGAAUGAGAUUGUAUGACAAUAUGAUGAUUAUUAGCACUUAUUAUGAGUAUUGAAUUAUGUUUCAUCAUCCAUAUCUAUUGCAGAAUCUGCUUUGUAGACAACAUAGUGUGUUUAUGGUUAAUGAUGAUAAACCUAGGAUUAUCAGUGCCUUGAUGUUAAAGUGAACCGCAGAGGAAUGAGAGGAUUUAAUGUGGAUUUCACCAGUCAGAUGCUUCUGAAGUUCUAGACCAAAUAAAUACUGUUCACUGAUUAUAUAUCUGCUGCCUUUCAUUAUAAUAUAGUGAGAAAUGCUCUCAAAAUAACAGUUUAAACAUUACUUUAAAUGAAAGCUUUCUUAAUUCCAGGUUUUUAUUCAGUAUUUUUGUAUCUUCUUAAAUUGCCAGCUAGAUACACCGUUGAAGACUAUUAUUCUUUUCAGUUGUUUUUAAAUAUUUCCCAAGUGUUGUUUAACAGGUUUUUUUCAACACAUUUUUAAACAUAAUAGUUUAAUCUAAUUUCUAAUAGCAAUUUCUUUUCUCUUUGCCAUGAUGACAGCACAUUAUAUUUUACUAGUUAUUUUGCAAGAUACUAGUGUUCAGCUUAAAGUAAAUUUAAAGGCUUAACUAGGCAAGUGAAUAGUGGUUUGUUCUGUAGUCAUUAAAAUAAUAAUUUCUUAAAAGGGCUAAUAAUAUUCAUUGUAGCAGCUUUAAAAAAUUAUAUUCUUUUAUAUUUCUUUUAUUCUAGCCAAACCAAAAUACAUAAGACUGGAUACAGGAGAUUUAUCACAAAAAACACGCAAAAAUCCUUCCUCUGUUAAACAUCACUUGAAAAAUAUUUACAAUUUGACAGGAGAGAGAAAAAAAUUGUCUUCAACUAAAUAUAUGUUAUUUUUAUUAAUAAAAAUAUAUAUUAUUUACAGUUAUUAAGAUUAUUUUUUUUCUAUAAUCAAACAUAUAUUAUGUGCACGUUGAUUCAUUGAGUAUAAUAAUGUAAUAAUUGAUAGUAAUUGUGAAUGUUUGCGGUCAAUAAUGUCCUGUUUGUUCUUUAAUACACCUCUGUAACAUCAGAUGAAUAAAAGCGUUCCUGCGCUGCUUCUCUGUCA